UCCACACCUCACUGUUUAUUACCGCGUGACAGUGGGACCCACAAGCAUCUGAACGAGAUAUAAAUAGGCCUAACAAAUCCAAUUAAUUCUCCCCCUUUCUGCGAGGCAAUUUUCUUUUUUGUCUUUUUUUUUUUUUUCCUUCUUCAUUUUCUCCCCCCCCCUUCAUUUUUCUUUCCUUUGUUCGCUUUUUCCCUCGCUCUACAAACCCUAAUCGUAGAGAAUCCUUUUUUUUUUCGAUCAAUUUAUUUGGAUCGGUUUCUUCAGUUAAAUUGAAUCGAAAAUGCAGAAUCAGAGACUGAAGCAGCAGCAACAGCAGGCUUUGAUGCAGCAAGCUCUCCUUCAACAACAGUCACUUUAUCACCCUGGCCUCUUAGCUGCUCCGCAGAUUGAGCCAAUCCCAAGUGGAAAUCUGCCUCCUGGAUUUGAUCCAAGUACAUGUCGCAGUGUGUAUGCUGGGAACAUUCACCCACAGGUGACCGAACCACUUCUUCAAGAAGUUUUUGCAAGUACGGGUCCUGUGGAGGGGUGUAAGCUAGUUAAAAAAGAUAAGUCAUCCUAUGGAUUUAUUCAUUACUUUGAUCGUAGAUCUGCUGCACUUGCAAUACUGUCCCUCAAUGGAAGGCAUCUGUUUGGGCAGCCUAUCAAGGUUAACUGGGCUUAUGCCACUGGUCAAAGAGAGGACACAUCGGGUCACUUCAACAUUUUUGUCGGUGAUCUGAGUCCAGAGGUUACGGAUGCUAUGUUGUAUGCUUGCUUUUCUGUUUAUCCCAGCUGUUCUGAUGCAAGGGUUAUGUGGGAUCAAAAGACCGGGCGUUCCAGGGGUUUCGGAUUUGUCUCUUUCCGGAACCAGCAGGAGGCUCAAGGCGCAAUAAACGACUUGACUGGAAAAUGGCUUGGCAGCAGACAGAUACGCUGCAACUGGGCCACAAAAGGUGCUGGUACUAGUGACGAGAAACAGAGUUCAGAUGCUAAAAGUGUAUUGGAACUUACAGGUGGCUCGUCUGAAGAUGUAAAGGAGGCAGCAAAUAUUGAUGCUCCUGAGAAUAACCCUCAAUACACCACUGUAUAUGUUGGCAAUCUUGCUCCAGAAAUAAGCCAGGUCGAUCUCCAUCGCCACUUCCAUUCACUCGGUGCUGGAUCGAUCGAGGAAGUUCGAAUCCAGCGUGACAAAGGGUUCGGCUUUGUGAGGUACAGCACCCACGCAGAGGCUGCCAUGGCUAUUUCAAUGGGAAAUGCUCAGUCAUAUCUCUAUGGUAAACAAAUUAAGUGCUCUUGGGGUAACAAACCGACCCCACCUGGAACAAGCUCGAACCCACUCGUGCCACCUGCACCGGGACCCAUGCCCGGAGUUUCUGCCGGGGAUCUUUUGGCGUACGAGCGCCAGCUGGCAAUGAGCAAGAUGGGGGCCGUACACCCCCUUAUGCAUCACCAGGGGCAACAUCCUAUGAAGCAAGUGUCUAUGGGAAUGGGGGCCGGCGCUAGUCAGGCUAUUUAUGAUGGUGGUUACCCCAACGUUGCUGCAGCUCAACAGCUCAUGUACUACCAGUAAUUUAUCAAUAUUCGAGUUGGAAUUUUCUUUUUUUUUUUUUUCCUUUCCGGGAAUUUUCUAGGAUGUUUUUCAUUUGCUGUUUCUGGGAUUGCUUUGUAACUUAAUUUUUUUUUUCUUUUUUUCUUUUUUGAGAAGAGCUUUGUAACCUUAAUAUAUUCUUCGUUGUGUGUGUAUCUCAUGUCCAUGUAUGCUACCUUUUUUUUUUUUUUUUUUUUUUUUUUUUUCUUUUUCUUUAAAGCUGGAGCCCUGCAGUGCAAGUGGUGUUCAUAAUUUUCAUGUUUAUUGUGUCGACUUUGUUUAUGGUGUUGAUA